GUUUAACGCCCGGGUACCUGCUUCUCUCCCUUAUCCGGCCGUUAAGAGGAGCUGUGCUGCCCUGAGCCCCCAGCCGGGCGCUGCCCGUUUGCCCUCCGCGUGACGCACGAAAGCUGCGAAAAAAUAAUAAGUUUUUUUCUUCGUGUCUGGCCCUGGGGCCCUUCCCUGCGCCUCGGUUGUUUGUGUCUUGGUUUGAAGCCCUCGCCGCUAUCGCAUGGCUGUGACAGCUGUUUGUUUGUUUUUUCGUGGCUGAGCAAGCAUCAGCUUUAAUCAUAAACUGGAGCUGGUAGUGCUCUGGUCUGGGCCCUGCCUGGGAGCGAGGAGGAAUAACUGUCUCGGAGCGAAGGCUCCGGGGGGAAUAACCGUCCCGGGCGCUGCGAAGCAUCUCUACAUUGCUGAGACACUGGAUACUGGUUUCUUUAUAGCAAGGAAAAUCUAAAUUCCUUCAACUCUCAGGAUGGGGAAGGAUUAUUAUUCUAUUCUGGGAAUUGAAAAAGGGGCUUCUGAUGAGGAUAUCAAAAAGGCUUACAGAAAACAAGCCCUUAAAUGGCAUCCAGAUAAGAACAAAUCUCCCCACGCAGAGGAAAAAUUCAAAGAGAUUGCAGAAGCUUAUGAAGUGCUGAGUGAUCCCAAAAAGAGAGACAUUUAUGAUCAGUUUGGAGAAGAAGGUCUGAAGGGAGGAGCUGGAGGACCUGAUGGACAGGGUGGUACCUUCCGAUACUCCUUCCACGGUGACCCACAUGCUACGUUUGCGGCUUUCUUUGGUGGCACAAAUCCUUUUGAGAUCUUCUUUGGAAGGAGGAUGCCUGGUGGCAGAGAUACUGAAGACAUGGAGGUGGAUGGUGAUCCAUUUGGAUCCUUCACCAGCUUUAGUAUGAAUGGUUUUCCAAGGGAAAGGAAUACAGUUGGUAGCCAAUUACGUCGUAAACAAGAUCCACCUGUAAUUCAUGAACUUAAGGUAUCAUUGGAAGAGAUAUAUCAUGGCUGCACAAAAAGGAUGAGGAUUUCACGUAAAAGGCUGAACCCAGAUGGUAGAAGUGUCCGAACAGAGGACAAAAUUCUCACUAUUGAGAUAAAAAGAGGAUGGAAAGAAGGCACUAAAAUCACUUUUCCAAAAGAAGGUGAUGAAACACCCAACACAAUUCCAGCUGAUAUUGUUUUCAUCAUUAAAGAUAAACCUCACUCACAUUUCAAGAGAGAUGGAUCAAAUAUUAUCUAUCCUGUUAAGAUCAGCUUAAGGGAGGCCUUGUGUGGCAGCUCUAUCAACGUGCCAACAAUAGAAGGAAGAACCAUACCUAUGACAGUAAAUGAAGUUGUAAAGCCAGGGAUGAGACGAAGAAUUAUAGGAUAUGGUUUGCCAUUUCCCAAAAAUCCUGACCAACGUGGAGACUUAAUUAUAGAGUUUGAAGUAGUUUUCCCAGAUAACAUUUCUCCAGCAUCAAAAGAAGUACUUAGGCGAAAUCUUCCAGUUUCAUAAAAUGAAGACUAUGUCAACUGUUUAAACAGGACACUGGAAAUGCAGAAGACUGGCAAGUCUGUGCUUUAAAAGUGCAAUCUGUAACAACUAGUGGAAUAUUUGUUUUUUUUGUUUAUGGGAUGGGUGGGGGGAAAUACUCUAAUGCUGCAUGAGAAGAAAAGGGUUAAGUACAAGUCACGGAUGACUUCUGCAGUAUAAUUUACAGGGAAAACCACUCAUUUUAUUUUAGAUCUUCCUAAUCAGAAAAGUUUAUUCAGUAUUUUGCUUAAUGUAAAGUGUAGUCAGUUUUUACAAAGUCAAUGCAUACUUCUGAUGAAGUACUUGAGCGUCCGAGUACUUUAUUUCAUAAUAUCCCUACUGUAUCUAUGACAUUACCUGUUUAUAUGGAAAUUGGACAUAGUAGUAGAAAUACACAUGUGCACAAAUAUUUGGAAUUGCAAAAUAUAAAAGAUAAUAUUUUGUUAUGUUGCCUUCCACUGCACAAAGCAUAGACUGGGAAAAUCAGCUUGGACUCCUGAACUGCCCCCCAGUGAAGUGAAAAAAAUUCUUUACUGUCCAAGAACGUGAGAGGACUACAUUGCAAGUUGAGCUAAGAACAUGCAGCUUGAGGAGAAAGGAGCCAUUUGCCAUGGGAUAGUUCCUCAGGCUACAGGCAGAACAACAAGAAAGGAUUCUACAAGUACAUAAACAGCAAAUGUUGGCCUGCCGUCAAAUGCAGCAGGGAAGCUGGGUAAUAAAUGACAUGGCUAAGGCUUGGGUACUCAAUGCCUUCUUUGCCUCAGCCUUUAUCAGUAAAAUCAGGCUUCAGGAAUCCCAAGCCCCUGAGACUUUGAUGGGAAGCCUGAAACAAGGAAGAGUAGUGGUGGUGAACUGAGCUACGGUGCUCUUAAACUGGAUGUACAGAAGUUCAUGAGGGCUGACAGGUUGCACCCAGAAGUGCUGAGGGAGCUGGCUAAUACCAUUCCAAGGCCUCUAUUAAUUGCCUUUGGUUGUAGAAUUUGGGAAAGGUUCCUGUAGACUGUGAGACUGUAGACUAUUUUCAAGAAGAACAAGAAAGAAAAUGGGUGAUCUACAAAGCCAGUCAGCUUCACCUCGAUUCCUGGAAAGGUGAUAGAGAAAAUCCACUUGGAAAGCAUUUCAAAAUGCAUGAAGGACAAGGAGGUCCAUAGUCAAGAUAGAUUUACAAAGGGAAAAUCAUGCUUGACCAACUCUAUAGCUUUCUACAGGGAGGUGACCAGCUUGGUGGUUUAUGGGAAAACAGUCCGUGUUGUUUACUUUGACUUAAGGCAAACUGGCAAGGUACAGGUUAGAUAAGUGGACACUAGAGUUGGAUUAAAAACUGGCUGAAGGAAUGGGUGCAGCGGGGUUGCAAUCAGUAGCACAAAGUCUGCUUGGAGGUUAGUCACUAAUGGUAUAUUCCAGGGCUCAGUACUGGGGCCAAUACUAUUCAACACUUUCAUUAAAGGUCUGGAUGAGGGGAUGGAAUGCACCCUCAGCAAAUUUGCAGAUCACACAGAACCAGGAGGAGUGGUUGAUAACACCAUAUGAUUGUGCUGCUAUUCAGAGGGGCCUUGACAGACCAGAGAGCUGGACACAGAAGAAAGUUCAGUGAGGAAGAAAAAGUCCUGCUUCCUGAGGGUUAAGUCCAGGAACCAGUACACCCUGGGAGCUGAAGGGCUGGAAAACAGAGUCGCUGAGAAAAGGCUGAGGUCCUGACAGACAACAAACUGAACAUGAGCCAGCAGUGUGUCUUUGCAUCAAACAAGGCCAAUGGUAUCUUAAGCUGCGCUAGAAAGCUUUGUCUGCAGGUCAAGGGAGGUGAUCCUUCUCCGCUCCUCAGUGAUGAGGCUGCAUCUGGAGUAGCGUGUCCAGUUGUGGGCUCCCCAGCAGAAGAAAGAUACUGACUUGCUGGAGUGAGGCUGAGAGAGAUGGAACUCAGCCUGGAGAAAAGAAGGCUCUGGGGGGUCUUAUAAGUACCUUAAAGGAGGGAAUGAAGACAGGGAGCCAGACUUUGCAAUAGCACCCAGUAACAGGGCAAGAGACAGUGUACAUAAACUAAAGCACAGGAAAUCCUAUCUGAGCACAAGGAAGCACUUGUUUUUUUUUUUUUACCGUGGGGGUGGUCAAACACCAGAACAUGUUGCCAAGAGAGGUUGUGGAGUCUCCAUCUCUGGAGAUACUCAGAACCCACCUGGACACGGUGCUGAUCAACCUGCUUUAGCUGAUCAUGCUUGCAUAGGGGUAUUGGACUAGAUGAUCCCCAAGAGGUUGCUUCUAACUUAAAGGAUUCUGUGAACUUUGACGUAGCAGUUUUCACAAGACAGCAUUAAGGACCAUGUUUUGCAAAUGAGGCAUAGCCCAAAGAUGGGUGAUGCUGAUGAGAUGGCUUGAAUCCAUAGGAAGCAGGUCUUUAAUGGUUAAUGGAGUGGAAAGAUACAUAAAGAACACUGUAGAAGUACACUGUAGUACAGGUAUUUAAAAGAUCACACUGAUCCCAAGUAUGCAUUAUUUUCAAAAACUCAACUUUAUUCCAUCAAUGCAGAAAAUGCCCAGGUACUACCUAAAGAAAAGUCUGCCUAAGAAAAAAUGGGAUAGGGAUUGCCCGUAAACUUUUUAUGUGCUUGCAUUGAUUUUUUUUUUUUAAAUAAAAAUAUUAUUUACCUGUCUUUAGAGUUGAAAGGUGCAUAGAGAAAGAGAGCCCGCUGUAAUAGUCUAGUUUUAUAAUAUAGUACUAGGGCUGGUUCCCUUGAUUGUGGCUUGAUUUUGGUGGAAAAAAUGCCUUGCAGAUGUUCUCAUUACUUGAGUUUAAAACCUUAACACAGUGUUUAGCAACAAUUUCAAAGAUUUUUCUUCAUAAGGAGAAAGAAAGGCUGUCAGCCUUUGCCUGUGGAAAUUCAGUAGUUACCUGCUCUGUUAGGUAGCUUAAGAAAUAGUGUUAUCUUCAUGUAAGUGAUUUUCUGCAGAAAAGUAAAUCAUAAGGAAGUUGGGAAUUAAUUUACAAUAGCUUUUUAACAAGCACAAAGAAUCCCAUUUUUUGUUACUCAAAGGACUAGAACUUCUGAGAGAUGCUGUUUGAGUCAAUUUUUCAACUGCUGAUCUCUUUGUAUAUUGUCUGUUGUAGUCCUAGAUCUACAAGGAGCUGAACAAAUGCUGGAGCAGUAUCACAAAGGGAAAAAUUUGCUGCUUUGUGCUUAUAUGUAAUGUUAAUGCUAUAUAUUGUUUGUUUAAAACAAAACAAAAAACAACAGUAUGUUCUGUAUUGCAUUUCUUAUGUGGUUUUUAAGUAAAAAGCGUAAAGUUGUUUUUUAAUUUCCUUUUCAUUUUUUGUUAUGAUGGCAGAUGCUAAAAGCAACUUAAAAAAAAUAAUAAUCCUAACGUGUAUGUCUGUUUAAAUGCUAAUAUAAUUGAGAUUUUGUAAUCCAGGAUCUUGUAACCGUAGUCCAACUUUUAAAAACACUUGCAGAAACUAGAACCAUCUUUUGUAACUAUCUUCAGGUAAGAGGAUUUGCAGUAUCUUGUGCAUUUCGAGGCAUAUGUACAGCAAACUAAACUUUUCCAACUGUUUUCAUGCUCAAAAUACAGGAGAACUAUAGGAAUGGUAU